AUGCGCGCGCAGCUUCCCGGCCUCUUUUUUUUUGCCUGAAGGAAGCCUCGGCGAGGCCUUGCUCGCUCCUUCGGCCUCCGUGGAUCCCCGUCACCAUGCAGGAACUCAUCGCCAACGUGGAGCACAUCAAGUUCGAGCUGGAGAUCGCGGUGGAGCAGCAGCUGGGCGCCCAGCCGCUCCCCUUCCCGGGGAUGGACAAAUCGGGAGCUGCUGUCUGUGAUUUUUUCUUAAAGGCGGCCUGUGGGAAAGGAGGGAUGUGUCCGUUCCGACACAUCAGUGGGGAAAAGACUGUUGUCUGCAAACACUGGCUACGAGGUCUGUGCAAAAAGGGAGACCAGUGCGAAUUUCUGCAUGAAUAUGACAUGACCAAGAUGCCUGAGUGUUACUUCUACUCAAAAUAUGGGGAAUGCAGCAACAAGGAGUGCCCGUUCUUGCACAUCGAUCCAGAGUCUAAGAUUAAAGAUUGUCCUUGGUAUGAUCGAGGAUUUUGUAAACAUGGUCCACUCUGCAGACACAGACAUACACGGCGUGUUAUUUGUGUCAAUUACCUGGUGGGUUUUUGUCCAGAGGGCCCUGCCUGCAAAUUCAUGCACCCGCGAUUUGAGCUUCCCAUGGGAACCACAGAGCAACCUCCACUGCCUCCACCAACACAACCACAGCAAAAGCCAAACAACAACCCGCCAUUGCAGAGGUCGUCCUCCCUCAUCCAGUUAACAAGCCUGAACUCUUCUCCCAACCAACAGCGGACUCCUCAGGUCAUUGGCGUCAUGCAGUCUCAAAGCAAUAGCAUAGGAAACAGAGGCCCUCGGCCGCUGGAGCAGGUCACCUGUUACAAGUGUGGUGAAAAAGGACAUUAUGCCAACAGAUGUACCAAAGGACAUUUGGCUUUCCUUAGUGGACAAUGAGCCAGGACAUUGUACAGCACUUUUUAUACGGGAGCCAGAUUGUAUAUAACACUUUCUUGGAACUAUUUCACUUCUUAAUGCCUAUCUCGAAAGGAGUGGUUAACUGUGAACAACUCAUCGGUCGCCUUCUUUUUGUAUGUCAUAGUUUAACCUCUUAAGGAAAGAAGAUACAGCUAUUUAAGGACAAAUAAUAGCUGUAGUAUUUGCCUUUGUUCAAAUACUGUGGAGAAAUUGGUGAAGACAAACCUAAUACAGGUGUCUCCCUAAAUCCAGUGUGUGGAACAGGCACUUAUUGUUUCAGUAUGUUUGGCCUGGAAGCCGUAUUUUUGUUUUUGUUUUGGUUGAAUUGCUAAAUACAAUGCAUUUAUUCACAAGACAACACAUCUUACACAACUUGGAAGGUGUUUGGUACAAGGAUUUCUGGUGGAAACAAUUUACUUAGCUACCGUACCUGCAGCAGUCCAUUUUUAUGUUUUGGAGGGAAGAAGAGAUUCACUGCAACUGGAUAAAAGUUAGAGGGCUUACCUCUGAAUUAUGUCAAGAUCAAAGAAGCCUGUGAAGGCCUUUCUGUGCCCAUGGAAGAAGCAAGUAUAGACUUAGGACAAUUGGUAAUGUUCUGUGAGAACCAAAAUCAAAUUGAUUCCAGCCUUAGAAGCCAUUACCAAUAUAGGAAGGGUGAAGGAAUCCAUGUAGCAAUUGGGUCCUUUCCAGUUGUCAUUUUUGUACAAACUGCGUAGGGCUGCAUAUAAUCCCCGCCUUUAAUUUUUUAUUUUGCUUUCUGAGCAAUUUUUACCCCUUAUGGUACAAGUAAAUGAAAAUAUGUCCCACUACCUUUCCCCAGCACCGCUUUUUCUCUGCUAAGGUGGCACGUGGAAGAUAUGCAAUGGUAGCUCUGGUCACCAUUUUGACCAAAAUACGUGUGAAAAGUUUGCAUACUGUCAGAAGGAUGUCCUUUCUGUGGCGUGGGCUACAGAGACUUGGCUCCUGAUUAAAAACACCUUUUGAACUUGCUUGCACUCUUAUCUCCUGCAGGGAUUGACCAGUUAUUAGAACGGUUAUCCUUCUGAGCCAAAUACGUUUGCAGACUUCCCAUGUUUACAGUUCUGUUAACACAAAAUAGCAAAGGCAUCUGAAAUUUGCUGUACAAUUCAACCCUUGAAAAAACUGCCAUGAUUGUUUCUUUACGUCUUUCUUUCCUAUGCUCACUUGUGAUAGUCUGUUAAACUAAAAUAACAGCCUGUUUGUUUAAAUCAAAUCUAACUUGAAGGCACAGGGCAGAAAGCAAUACGUGCCCAGGAGGAACAUAAAUGGAGCCCUGCUUCAGAAUGACACAUUCAGGAUCAAUUAAAAUAUUUUUUAAAAGAA